UUUUUAUUAGUCGGUACCGUACUACCGUGGUUUGGUACAUUCUUUCCUAUACUAUAUAGAAGUAUUACAUAUAUGAUUUAUUCAUAUAUGAAUGCUUUCUCUCUCUCUCUCUUACUUUAUUUCUAUUAUUUACUAUAGACAUAAAUGUAUACAAAGUAUACAUAGGACUUGAUUUCUUGAACAAUGUCUUGAAGCUCUGGGGCCUCUGGGGAUACUGAAUGUCAAGCAAGCGGCUUCGUAUUAAUGUCUUGACUAGUCUAGACUAGUCAGCCGGCAGUUUCCAGUUCCGGACGCAACAAGCGAGGAAUGUUGUAUAUACAUACAUGUGUUCAUCAGUUUAUAUUUCACUUAGCUUCUCAACAAUUCUCAAUAUUUUAAUUGUUAUGUAAAAUUUAAAUAAUUAAUUAAAUAUUUAUCGAUAUUACUAAUAUUCACGAUACAUAGAAUAAAAUUACGUUUGUUGACAUGUGAUUAGUGAAUUGAAUAACUUGUGAGGCAUUUAACAAACUAAGUAAAAUUGUAUAUAAUAUAAUAUUAGAAAUAAAAAAAUAUUUUUACCUCAAUAAGAGAGGAACGAUAAAGUAGAUAAAUAAAUUUUUUCUUCAUAAUAAUUUUCUUGGAUUGUAUUGUUUCGGAAAAUAUGUAAGUUCAUUCCCCUCUGGAGGACAGUCAGAAGCAAGAGCAAGAAAUGAUCGUGCGCGAGUUAAUGAAAAGGGGAAUAAGAGAGAAUGUAUGGAAAAUUGAAAAAUACGAGAGCGAAACUAUACUCAGUUGUUAGUGCGUGUGUGAUGACGAGAGAAACCAGCAUGAUUUUUUGUCCGUGACUGUCAUUCAAGGUGCCUUAGCAAUUCUUAAUUUAAUUAUUCUUGGCCAAGCAUGCCCUCGAAAAAGCAGUACAACCUUGUGCGCAAUGAUGAAUACGACACGAGGAUUCCUUUACACAGCGAGGAGGCUUUCCAUCGUGGUAUUGUCUUCCACGCGAAGUUUAUCGGUUCUAUGGAAGUACCAAGGCCAACCAGCCGCGUCGAGAUCGUAGCGGCAAUGCGACGAAUUCGAUAUGAAUUCAAGGCGAAAGGAAUAAAAAAAAAGAAAGUAACAUUAGAAGUUUCUGUAGAUGGUCUCAAAGUUAGUCUGCGUAAAAAAAAAAAAAAACAGCAAUGGAUUGAUGAAAAUAAAGCAUUUCAGAUGCAUUAUCCAAUAUACAGAAUAUUUUACGUCUCCCACGACAGUCAUGAUCUAAAAAUAUUCAGUUACAUAGCUCGUGAUAGUAAUAGCAACUCGUUCAAGUGCAACGUCUUUAAAUCUAAUAAAAAGAGUCAAGCCAUGAGAGUAGUUAGAACAGUAGGUCAAGCCUUUGAAGUGUGCCAUAAAUUAAGCCUGAACGCACCAGCUGAACAGAGAGAACAAGACAUUGAUAGAGAACGAGAACAUGUACUUGAACAUAAUGACGAACAUCCACUUCAUAAUGAUGAUUAUGAUGACGAGAUGACAAAUGAACGCGCACCAAUAAUCCAACGAAGAACACCGUCUCCAAGUAUACACAAAGACAUAUCUCUAUUAAGUGACGGAGAAAACCCAGUGCAAGAUCAACCACCUGCGGUUGCGCCUUGUAUUGUAAGAACACAUGGAUUGUCAGCGUCUCCAAUGAGACAAUCGCCAUCAGGAACAGUGGCAUCUGAUUGCGGCGACUUAUUAAUUUCGAGUAAUAAUGAAUUAACUUCUCUUAAACAUGAAAUACAACUUCUUCGAGAACGCCUCGAUCAGCAAAGUCAACAAACACGUGCUGCUGUGGCUCACGCGCGAUUAUUGCAAGAUCAAUUGGCAGCUGAAACCGCAGCGCGAGUAGAAGCCCAAACACGAACUCAUCAGCUCCUUGUUCAAAAUAAGGAGCUUUUAGAGCACAUUGGAGCAUUAGUUAGUCAUUUAAGAGAACAAGAUCGUACUUCAAGCUCUCAUGGGAACUCAGUGUUACAGUCACAAGUUUCAGGUGUAACUGGCAAUACAAUAACUUCGCAAAGUCCCACCAUUCCUGACUUGUCAAGUCUUGGUCAGCAGUCACAAUGGACACCAGUACAAAACUCACCAUGGGAGCUAGAGGCACCGUCUUUUACAUACUCUUACACUCCUGAAUUUUACUCAACGACGGCGAGGAUAGACCAGCCUUUUACUUCCAAUGAUCAAAUGCACUUUCAAGCCCAACUACUUGAGAGGUUACAUAAUAUUAGCCCAUACCCGACUCAGAGAUCACCCUACUCUACGCCGUCGUCUUACCCUAUGCAGCCACCGAACUUUCUUUUAUCUCCAAACUGUAAUAAAUUACCAAAUUCAUCGAAUUCAGGAUCUCUCUCUCUUCGUAUAUCUCAAGCAAACAGCUUUACUUCAUCUCCAAUCAUGUCACAUAAAAUUCCUGUUUACUCCACACAAAUCGAAAGCUCACCAGAUCCUCUUUCUGAACUUCAAGCAUUGAUAAAACCUUUGCCAUGUGUCUCACGUCAAAGAAAUUCAAUUUACACUACGGGGGCCACCACGUCCUCUCGAGAUCCAGACUUUAAGCAACAACAAAGAAUUAGUUGUCCUCCUCAAACAUCAUUAAUGUUCGACACUCCGCCAGUAAAAAAGCGUGGUGAGAACAUGGAAAAAAAUUUCGAAGAUAAUUUAAAAUAUGAAGAAAAUCUUGUAGGGGAUCAAACAGAUACAAAGAAUUUUAAAUUAACCACGAUACUCAGAGCAACAGGGUCGCCACCUACAAGGACCACUAGUGUACGACUUCCUGUGAGAAACGAUCUAUCGACCCAAGUUCAACGUACCAAUUGGGCUCGACAUACUACUAAGUAGUUUUGAUAAUUCAAACUGAACAAGUAGUCAUUUCUUUUAUUGAUCAAUAAAUUUUUAUGUGCGUGCCAACAGUUUCAGGAAGAACGACAAUAUAUGAAAUCAAUUUAUUACUUGUAAAUGAUUUUUCUCUUUGUAAGAAUCAC